CUCAAGAUUUUACUCCAUUUAAUCACUGCUCACACUUUCCAUCAUAGAACCUGGGUAUCAUUAUGUAUUUAGGACUAAGGGCCUCCGUCUGUUUCAUUCCAUAAUCUCUUUGCUUUCCCUUACUGAGUGUUUUUCAAACAAAACUCAUUAAACAAAGUACUCCUUUAUUCUCGGGUAGAUGGAACUAAGAGAGAGAACAAACAGCAGUAAUGCACUUGCUGUGGAGAACAGAAAAAAAACAACAUUCCAAGAAAUUUUGUUAAUACAUGCCAAUGCUGUUUUAUAUGAGAAGGGAUACUUCCAUUCAAGAGAAACUGCAUUUUCCAGGGUAUCUACAGUGAAGAAAACAUCUCAGACCUCACAUCCAGCAGCGGCCACAGCUUGGCUACGAAGCUCCCAGUUACUCAUUUCCAGGAGAGAAAACGCAGACAAAAGGUGACAGAAGAUAACCACCAUGGCAUCAGCAAGCCUGCAGUUCUUUGCUUUUAUUCUGGCUUUGUUUGGUGUUUUUGGAGAUAUCGCAGCCACCCUGCUACCACACUGGAAGGUAAAUGCAGACGUUGGCUCAAAUAUCAUAACAGCUGUAACACAGAUGCAAGGACUUUGGAUGGACUGCACGUGGUACAGCACUGGGAUGUUCAGCUGUACCCUGAAAUACUCCAUUCUCUCUCUCCCUGUCUACAUCCAGGCUGCACGGACCACCAUGGUACUGUCCUGUAUCCUAUCAGCCUUUGGAAUCUGCAUCACUACGGUCGGAAUGAAAUGCACAAAAUUGGGAGGGGACACUGACAGCAAAAAUCAUGCCUGUUUUGCUGGAGGGGUCUGCUUCAUUCUUGCAGGAAUCUUUGGAUUAGUACCAACAUGCUGGUAUACAAGAGAAAUUAUUUCAAAUUUUCUGGACCAGGCCAUUCCAGAGAGUAGUAAACACGAACCAGGAGGAGCAGUUUAUACAGGAUUCAUCUCAGCAGGGUUUCUGCUUAUCGCAGGUGUGAUCUUCUGCUCUUCCUGUUUCAAAAGGCAGCACGGAGCAUGGACUUACCCUCCAAAGCAGCACCAUUUCCCAUCCACAGAGCAGGAGAGCAAUGCAGGUUACAACCUGAAGGACUAUGUAUAAGUAGUUAUUUCUAUCCAUUGAAGUAUUUCUAUCCAUUCAAGGGGGGGGGGGGGGGGGGGGGGUUUGUGUGUUAAGUGUAGUUUGAUUAUUUUAAAGAAUGUAUAACAUAGCACUUAACUUUUCCUGUAUCUGGGUUGAAGUUAUAUUCAUGCAAGGCAUUUAAUUUAUAGGGGCAUCCAUGAAAAGGAAAAAUGUAGGAAAAGACACUUGUCUGCUACAAGAGUACUUUAUUCUGUAGAUUUUUCAAACCCUUCUUCCUGACUUCCCAAGUAACAUUUCUUGAAGAAAAAGGAACUAUUUUAAAAACAUAACGAACUGUACAAUUGAUGUAUUGAUGUCUUGUUACAGCAAAGAUGACUAAAAACUAACUGCUUUCUGUUUAGUGAAUUAGACUUUCAAUAACAUGUAACAUUUAGAGUGUAUUUACAUUUUUAUCUUGAUUUUAAUUACGAUGCAAGGUAAAAAAACCCAAAAACUAUUUGUCCAAGAAGCGCAAUUCAAAGGUUUUUAAAAAGCAGACAUAUCUGCCUUUCAUUUUCAAUUCUAAAUUGCCUUGGUAACUAGAUUUUGUAAAAAUAAAAAAAACCACAAAGCAAAAAAUACAUACACAAAAAAAAUCAACCAACCAAAACAAAUCCACAACAAAAGCUCAAGGCUCCAAACCUUAGCUGCACUGUAUACUCUGCAUAUCAGGCUGAAGGAUCAGCAGCACCAUUCAGCUCUUGCCAAACACAGCUCUCCUGCCCCAAACUGCCACCUGCUGAGGGUUUCAUUUAUUAUUGUUGAAGGAAAGCGUGCUGGACAUUCACCAACUGCUACUAAUCUAUCACUACACAGUGAAUGCUAGAUAUGAGGAGCAGUACGACAAGAGAAAUGUAACCAUAACUGUGAAAACACCUGCAAACUGUAACAAACAGGAUAGAAACUAAAUUAUCUGUGUUCAAGAAACAUCUGCAAACAUUCUAGCUUACACUUGCUAAAAGUAGCUAUGAACAGCUCAAAUAACACAGCAACCACUUACUGUCUUCUACAUUUCUGACCUUCUAAAAGUACCUUUUAAUUCCUGUUAGUUAUUCUUCUAGGGUCUGUUUCAGGCCCACUCCCAGGUAUUCUAUUACUAUAAAAUCUACUAUACAACAGUGAUAAAGAGACAGCUUCUUUAUUUUUUUUAACUGCCUUAUUUUGAAUAAUUACCUUAAAUCCUUUAACCUUUUCUUUCACCAUGCAGAUUUUGUUUUGUAUUGGUCAUUGGCAAAGUAUUCUACCUAAAUACCUCUCUAAAUGAGAACCAAAUCAAUGAAUGAAAAGGGGUAUGAUACAGGCCUUUAAAUUUAGGAAUAUAAUGCUGGAUGAGCCUUUCAAUAAAAUCAACUGCCAUUUAUUCUGCAUAUUUAUACACAACUUUCAUUUCCCAUGGUACUAGUCUGAAAUUUGCUAAAACACUGUGAAAGAGCCCAAACAUUACAUGUUUAGUGUGUUGGAAAAAAAAAAAAAUCUGUUACAGCAUUUGGGAAAGUGGACUGCUUUAUGCACUUAAUGUGUAAGGAGUCUUUAUUCAUAGAGAGUCUUCAUUCUUCACACACAGAAUAGCAUUACAUCUUGCUUUUAUUCUACUGUUACACAGCUCUUUUGAGUUUCCUAUGUUUUAAUCAAGCAGCUUGUUUUGUACUAUACUAAUGCAACUAUCAGCAGUUACUGGGUAUUGCAGAGACUUCACAAUGACCAAAAAGCUGGUUUCUUUUUUCCUAGACACAAUGUUGUGCAGCACCAUUCCAUUAACCAAGAGUCUUUCACGUCUCAACACUCAUAGAAAUGUUGAAAUAAUAUUCAUACAUCGAGCAAAUGAAGUAAACAACUCCUUCUCACAAACUUGCAUCUCCACCUUUAGAAAGGGGUUUGACAUGACACUAAGCCAUGAUCACUGCCAUGUAUGGGAAAUAAAUCUGUUUGCAAAAAUUAUAACCAAGAGGCAUUUUUACAGGAGAGGGUAAGAAAAAGGUAAUAAUGGCAUACCAUGAGCAAACCAAAAUGCUCAUUGGUUACAUAUGCUGCAAAUUCUUUUUCCUGAAACUUUAUAAAAAGGUACCUGUACUUCGUAUAGCUAUGAAACAAAAAUCAAGCACUGAGCCAUUUCAUUCACAGUACACUGCAAGAGCUCUUCAAGUAAACAGAUUCUAUGAGGAACAGUAACAUAUAAAACCAUGUCAGUCUACAGCUAAAAGAACAAGGACAAAACAGAAGAUCAGUCUACAACAGGAGUUCAAAGGAAACAAAAUAUACAGAAAACAGGUGCCAGCUCUGGGUGAAAAAAUUGUACUUUCUGCUUAUGCAAUAUAAGCAAUACUUUUUUUAACUCCAAAAAAUACAUUAAAUAAAAAUACUCCUGCCUUUA